GUUAACGUGUGCUUAGGGUCGUAUAUCCUUCAAGUGUGCGCGUUUGUAGCUGCAUUGAUCAGUUUGAUGACUGGUACUUCUGUCCUCAUCAUCUAUGACACUUGCUAUGCAGAUGACCUCUUAUUACACACGUUGAUGCAGUCUCGCUGGCGUCGCAUAUGUUGCCUUAUACUGAUGGCAUAUCCGUCCCUGGCUUUGGCAGUCUCGACAUUGACUUUGAUGACAGCCUUCUUUAUAGCCGGUUUCACAUCCGACAAACUCUUCGUAAAAAUUAUGACUGCAGGAACCUAUUUAACACUGAUUUUGCUCGGCAUACUCGCAAUAUGUGUAUUCAGCACUCAUUUAAAGGAGAUUGUUGAUGGCAACGAUAUUGAUUCACAUGCCACAGACAGUCAGAAGCCCCCACGCUCUGAGCCAAAGGUCGACCGCGAUAGCGGGGUUUUUCCCAAGCAUGUGCCUCAUUCAUCCUGCUUGAUUCGAAAAACUAAUUUAAGUAUUAGUGAUCACAGAAAAUCAGACCCUUCGCGCAGCCUUGCUUAGGGGAGCAAGUCUAGGGGGAGGAUUGCGCCAUUAACUAGUGAUAUGGACGGAUAUGUCGAUGUCUCAAGAUCUCAUUUGUUAAGAUGUUUGUAUCGCUUUGAACCAGUGCUUCGC